CUAAUUUAAUAAAGAACGCAUUGUUUUAAAUGAAAGAAUUUCUUUCUAGCUUUGUAUUAUCAAAAUUAAUUUAUGAAAUGGAAAUUGUGAACAUUGUCUGUCACGAACGUUUACAGGAAGACCGAAAUACUUUUAUACUUCGAAAGUUUUUAUGUAACAGCAGCGAUCGACUGAAUACCAUGAUGCAGCAAAUCUCAACAACAGGCAAUAUCACUCUUCACCUUUCAAUUCCCUACAACAUUAUGUCGCAAAUUAUCGAGUUUAUAGAACAUGCUACAACAGAAUUUGUUUCCUUGGAAAAUGCGAUGGAUGUUUACUGCAUCAAUUUAACGUAUGAAUUUAAAGAUCUUAAAGAAUAUUGUCUUCAACAUAUUGCUAGAGAAAUCACCUGCGAGAAUGUUUGUUUUAUUCAUGAUUUUGCAUGCGAAUACGGUGAAUGUCUUAUACAGUUGAUGUGCUGGCAGAGAUUUGAUAAUGAUUGGAAAGAAAUAUUCUUUUGUAACGACGAGUACUUGCGAUGUAAAGAAAGUACAAUUCUUAGACUCAUUUCUCGACCAAUAUAUAAAACAUUAGAAGAAGAAAAUAUUUUCUGGAUCGUUCACAAGUGGGCCAUUAAUAAAGUUACGGUAAGAAGAUCUCUUCGAUCAAUUUUUCUUCCUUAUCUACCGAAAAUUCGCUUUCUUACCAUGGAUCCGGUGUACUUGGAAGAACAACUUUUCCCUAAAGUAAUCGAUAGUGUCUUGACAAGAGAAGAAGUACAGGCUAUAAGACAUUAUUGUCCUGAUGAUUUAACAGAAAUUCCGAAGACUCUCUGCAAAAUAGUAACAAAGAGAACGAAGGAAAAUUUGGACUCGUUAUUUUUGUAUUUGAAUCGAACUCAUUUGGAAAAUCAAACCGAAAUGAUGAUGAAUAGUAACACAAAAUUCAUUUGUGAAAUAAUUGCAAAAGAAGAUUGCUUCGUUACUGGAAUAGUACUUCCCAUAAGUUAUAACGCCGACAAAGAUUUAAUAAGAGUAGUAAUUAAAUGCAUUCUGCAAUCUCCCAUAGGAAUAUUCAGAAAGCAAAACGCAUUUUGCAGUUCUUCUGGAUGCAUAGGAAUAAAAUGUUUAUUUUUGAAGAGAAAGACGAUUGUGAAAAUAGUCGUAAAAUUAUUAAAAGAUGAUAUCAUUGCAAAAAAUAAUAUUAAGAUAAAACCCGAAGCAGAUUAUUAUAUUCCUUCUCAAUUGCAGAAUGAAAUUGCCUCGGGAAAAAUGAGCGAAAUACCGGACAGUGGUAUGAAUAACGUUUAUUUUGACGUCAAUCUCUAUUUUUGAAAUCUGGCAGACAAUUUGAUAAGAAUAAAAUUUUUAAAAAAUUCGUUUUUUAAUUAGAAAAACUCAUUGCCAUAAAUUUUUAUUGUCUGAUUAUUCAAAAAAUUUAUAAUUUC